AUGAGCCGAGUCAAGUACCUGGUGCUCGACGCAGCGCCGCUCAUCGAGACGUCGGCUGCAUCGCUGAGGGGCAGAGCGAUCACGUAUGUGACGACGCAAGAUGUGCUCAACGAGAUCAGAGAUAAGACGAGUCGGGAUUUGCUGCAAGAUACAGAUUACCUCGGUCUCGGAGACGUGGGAGCAGAGAAGACUGGUCUGCAAACGCAAGAGCCGUCUGCAGAAGCGCUUCUGAAAGUCACUUCAUUCGCUAAGCUCACUGGCGAUAUUGCCGUGCUCAGCAAGGAAGACAUUCGUAUCAUCGCAUUGACACUAACGCUCGAGAUUCAAGAGAAUGGCUUGUAUCGAGUCCGACCCGAGCCAGGCAAGCCAAGCCAGUUUGAGCUCGACAAGGCAGCAAAGAAAGCUAGACUUGCAGAGAGAAAGCAGGCCGCUUGGCGGGCGAAGCAGUCCGGCUCUCCGCUAGCCUCUACAUCAUCGCAUAGCCCUCCUUCUGAGCACAGAUCGAUCCUGCAAGAUGACGUACAUCCAGACGGCCAUGUCCCCGAGCAGGGUGACCAUCGUGACGAAAGCGGCAGGUCAUCCGAGCCCGAGCCUGCGCUCGUCGCCAGUGCUUCGAACGAGGGUGAACACAGCGGCGACGAGUCAGAUUCAUCUGCUGGUUCUUGGAUCACUCCAGAGAACGUCAUACAGCACAAAGUACGCGAUCAGGGCCUGUUUGGCACCUUAGCGGCGCAGACCGAGCAAGGAUCGACCGAUACGCUCCGAGACGGCAAGAUUAAAUCGGCCUGUAUGACGGGCGACUAUGCUAUGCAGAACGUGAUGCUCCAGAUGGGUCUCAACGUACUUGGAUCCGCCGGCAAGCUGGUCACGGAAGUGAGGACCUGGAUCUUGCGCUGUCAUGCUUGCUUCAAGUUGUGUAAAGAUCCAGCGAAGAAGUUCUGCCCUUCUUGCGGAAACGAUACGCUCCUGCGUACUUCGAUCACAUAUGUCCCUGCUUCGCCGGACAACCCACGAGGCUACAUCUUGCAUCUCAAGAAGAACUUCCAAUAUCGCAACAGAGGUACGAUCUACAGCAUACCUUCGCCCAAGCCAGGAUCAGCCAAGCCAAGCCAAUCGAAGCAACAGAAUGGAGCAACCCUCAUCUUGCGGGAAGACCAGAAGGAGUACCAACGGGGGCUAAGACGGGCAGAGAUACUGAAAGCCAAAGAAGACAAGGCACUCGCGAAAGCGAUCGCCAGAGGCGGACCGAAUGCCACACUCGAUUGGGAGCCUGCAAUGCUGAUGGGUCAUCAUGCCAAGGGCCGUCGGGCAGACCAGCACGAUCAGGUCGGCAAGGACGGUCUGCCCGUCAUUGGCUACCGCAGAAAUCCCAAUCAGACCCGCAGAGCGACGGGCAACGACAGAUAG